AUAUCAUAAUACAUAAAAUAAACAUAAAACGAAUAAUUUUAAAUAUAAAUCAUUAGCGUCUUUCAAAAUACAAAAAAAAAAACAAUAUGAUUUUUCAAGUUAAUUUGCCAAAAUUAUAAAGUGUUUAUUAAUAAAAGUGAAUCAAGGAAUAAAAGAUAAAACUUCAAACGAGUUAUUUAAUUACGUGAAAAUUUAAAAAUUAAAAAUAUUUGAUUAUUUCUGCUUUGAAAUAUUAAACAAAAUGGAUAUUAUAGCAAACGCAUUAAUGAUAAAAGCAGAACGUAUACUCAAGAAAUUUACUAAGGAUAACAUCAAUUUUCCCGAUUGGCUAAAUCAUUUUGAGUAUUUAUAUGAUUUUCUUUAUAUUGGAAAUUCUCAUAAAGCUGCCUUUUUAUUAAAUAUGUUAGAACAAUCGGUAUUUAAUGCUCUUCACAAAAAAGUAGCUCCUAGGAAAAUUUGUAAACUUCCAUACGAUGAUCUUAUAUCAGAGUUAGAGGAAAUGUACUUUUCUCAUCCGAAUAUGUCAGCAAUUGAUGAACGUUUCGCGAAACGAAAUCUAAUGGUGGGCGAAUCCGUAAACGAAUAUAGUGUGGUAUUAUUAAAAUUGUUGGAAGAAUGCAGGCUUAGCAUUGACUCAGUGACUUAGUCGCAAUAGCCUUAAGAAUGGAAUAUCAAGAGAUUAAUCAUAUAAAGGAAACGAUGCUAUUGCCAAAUUUAGACUAGAAAAAGACCGUAAUUACAACUACAAGUUUUUCGAAAAUAAACAAAAUAAAAGAUAAAAAGGCAAAAGAAGUCAUUGAAGAACAAAUAAGUUUUAUGCUCGUCAAUUUUAUGAAGAUUCUUAGUUAAUCGAUGAACUAAUAUCUAUCAAACGGUAUAUUUGGAAUACUCUAUUAUAUUAUGGAAUACUCUAGGAACAAAAGAAGUUUUUAUUUCUAAUGGGAAUUGUUGCACAGAUUGAAAAAAUCCGCGUUCAUUCCGUUAAUAUUGGUAUCUUAAUUAUGAUAUAAAAAAAAAAAAGAAACAUGCAAUAAAGCAGUGCAUUUGUCGGUAAACAAUACCCCUGCAUGUUAUUAAAAUGAUUAAAUAUUUGAAUCCUGGAUCUUAUUUCUAUGUAAUUAAAUUGACAUUAAAGAAGUAAUAUAUUUUAUUGACUGUAGCAGACAAAAACGGAAA